UAGCACCAGUAAUCUGAUCGUACUUGCCUCCGUGCUGGUCCUUUGACUGAAUCCCUUUAACUGAAGAAAAAGGUUUAAAACAGUACAAGCUAAGAAACUCGCCAUUAUGCAAUAACUAAAACGGUUUCGUUCGGUUUAUAUCUUAUUGUACUCUGAAGGAGACUUUAAACUAAGGAUGAUGACAGCUAUUAAAAUGAAAAUAAUGGAGCACCCGAAACUCAGUUGCUGAAAACAUUAACGGACUCGAUUACUUUGCUUAAGGUUUCAUUCACAACCCAGCUACUGCCAACAAAGUUGCCGAUUUCAGUAAUUUAUUGAUGAAAGACAGCAAAUGUGUUUGCUACCAUAAUAGUAAAAAAAACGGAUUGUUAGAUAUUCCAAAUUCCCAAGUUGAUUAUUUAGGACGCUACGGACCAUGGAACAUACUCCCCUGCUGUAUAUCAAUGACGUAUAUGCAAACAAAAGAUGCUAUGUAGUAAAACCGAGUACCAUCAUAGCGGUGAGAUUGCUCGGAAUUUACUAGCAUCCCCACUUUUUGCGCCCCUCUAGCAACCUCCGCAUCGGAGACUGUGUAACGAACAACGAAUUAUAUGCCUCACGUGAAAACUGCAUCAUACAGCAUGGGAACAUGCGGCUUGGUGUUGUCAAAGUAACGUUUGUACUUAAGCUAUUAGAGCAGAUUCACACUUUCCUUCAACAGGGUGAGGCUUUUCUAAUUAGAAUUAAUUGAAGUUCCUAGGACUCACCACCAAGAAAGCUACACCAGACGAGCAACACUCUAGUGAUAGUCUGUAUUGACUACAUUGAUUCGUCUCUAGUUAUUGAAAUAACAAGCUUCGGAUGACACAAAGAUUUAAUUUUUCUGAUCACUCUCAUCGUCGCUACAAUCCACUGACAGACUCUUGGAUUUUAUGCUCACCGCACAGAGCUAAGCGUCCGUGGCAAGGCGCUCAGGAAAGCGAAAAAAAAGGUGACUCUGUCAGCUAUGAUCCUAAUUGCUACCUAUGUCCUGGAAAUUUGCGCGCGGCUGGAUCCCGAAAUUUAAAUUACACACAGACAUUUGUAUUUCAAAAUGACUACGCCGCUGUUAAAAUAGACCAACCUGACUACAGAAGCGAAGAAGAAACGAUUGAGGGAACAGAAAUUGGACUUUUGAAAAAACGAUUAUUUAAAGCUAGAGGUGUUCGUGGCAAUUGCUUUGUCAUCUGUUUCAGUCCAAAGCACAAUGUAACGCUUCCCCUCAUGAAUUUGACCGAGCUUGAAACUGUCGUUCAAACAUGGAAGGACUUGUAUCUGAAGUUGCAAGGGAAUGGAAAGAAUGGAACUGUGAAAUACAGAUAUUUGCAACUUUUUGAAAACAAAGGUGCGGCAAUGGGAUGCUCAAAUCCUCACCCGCAUUGUCAAGCAUGGUGCCUCGAUACAUUACCAUCGCUUGUUGAGCGCGAGCUAACAAACAUGACAAAUUAUCGGAGAAAAUAUGGCAGCCACUUACUCGACGAUUACGUUAAACUAGAAUUGAAUGAAAAGGAACGGGUUGUUUUGGACAAUGAUUCAUUCACUGUAGUUGUCCCUUAUUGGGCUCUUUGGCCGUUUGAGGUAUUGUUGAUAUCCAAAGAACACUUGCACUCACUUGAGGAUUUCAACGAAAAACACAAAGCCGACCUCGCGUCUAUCCUAAAAAAGCUUACCAUUAAGUAUGACAACCUGUUUAACUGCAGCUUUCCAUACUCUAUGGGUAUCCAUCAGGCACCUCUUUAUGGGACAACGGAAGAACGUGCGAAUUCAUGGUUUCACAUGCAUUUUUAUCCUCCUCUUCUCCGUUCUGCCUACAUUAAGAAAUUCUGUGUUGGUUUCGAGUUGCUUGGAGAGCCACAACGCGACUUGACGAGCGAACAAGCAGCUGCCCGACUGCAAGCCCUUGAUGGUGAGCAUCAUUAUUCCGAGUCUGCUUAGGCUGGACUUAACCUAGUAGAUAACUUGUAAAGUUGUGGAACUCCGGCUUGAUGAUUGUUUUGUAAGAUUAUGAAUUUACGACUAUUAUUGAUAUUUUAUUGUUGUAUCUCCAAGUACACGAAUACGUUCAUUAAAGUUAAAUGCUUAGAAUUAUUAAGGUGGUAAGCUCUGGCUUACAGAUUUUUGCUAGCG